AUGGCGCAGCCACGAUACUAUUCAGAAGACGAGAUGGCCGAACGCCAACCGCUUGGCGCCGCAGAGCCAUCUCCCCCUCGUCACCGCCAACAUCAACAACCAUACCACGACUCAUACUAUCCCCCGCCAUCAUCCCAAUACCAGUCCAGAGGUCGCCGCGAUCCGUCGAUCGAAAGACAACGAGCCCAGAGGCGAUACAGCCAAGAAGCCGGAAACGGCGGACGAGCGACUGGACCAUACGCCGCCCCCGGCGCAAUACCGAACGUUUACGGCGACUCGGGGUCUCCACACCGGGGAUCCCCACAGCGCGGAUCAGACAGACGUUCCUGGGGUCAAGGAGGACAAGGGAACUCGUAUCCGCCGUCAACACAGCGGCCUUCUCCCCAGAGCACCAUCACUCCGGGCGCGGACAACUUUGGCAACGCUGCUGCGGGAGGCAUGGCUGGAAUCGCCCUGACAGUCGCCGAACAGAACGCAAGAGAGAGUGGGCUCAACGCUAUACAUAGCCAGCAACCAUACCAGCAGCAGGGACACGGACAAGGUUACGGCGAGAGGGGCUUGCCGCCAAGGGGAGACUACUACUACCCGGGAGACAGAAACUCACGUUCGAGUUUACAAGGGUUGAGCGCAGGGUCCGCCGGCACAGGAUACGCGACACCAGGACAGCGGACGCCAUCGAGGUUAGGGGAUAUCUACACGGACGACCCGUACCAAAAUCUCUCGCGGCACCAAGACUCGGCCCUUGGUGUUGUCAACCCACACGACAUCAUAGACGACGGCGACGACGGACUCGAUUACGCACGGAGGGGACAGCGGACUAGCAUGCUCAGUCUCGGAUCCAGUCACAAGGGGGCCGCUGCCGCGGGCGGCGCGGUCACCGGCGGCGUCUUAGGGGGUUUGGUCAGUCGAAACGGGAGCGGCGGGAGCAUCAGCAACGAGUACGCGCCCGUCAACAACGCCGCCAGUGGUGGUUCCAUUUCGGGCGGGUCAGGUGGAGGGGGGAUAUACAACGCGGGCCCCGCGGGCGCUGGCGCUGGCGGUUCGAAGGAGUGGCAGGCGGCGGCUGUUUCCCCAGCCGCCAAGCGCGGUAAGAAGUGGAAAUUCAUCAUCCUAAUGGCCCUCGCUAUCGUCAUCAUCGCCGCCAUCGUGCUCGGCAUCGUCUUCGGCGUCGUUCUGAAGAAACACGGCGGCAGCGAGAGCGCUGGCGCAGCAGGCGGGUUCGAUAGUACAGCCACUGCCGACGGCGACACCAAAGCGAACGGCGACCUCGGCAUCGACUCCGACGAGAUCCAAGCCCUCAUGAACAACCCCGACCUCCGCAAGGUCUUCCCCGGCAUGGACUACACCCCGCUCAACACGCAAUACCCCGAAUGCAUCCACGACCCGCCGUCGCAGAACAACAUCACACGCGAUCUCGCCGUGCUGUCACAAAUGACCAACGUGGUCCGGCUCUACGGCACCGACUGCAACCAGACGCAGAUGCUGAUCCACGCGGUCAACCAGCUCCAGCUCCAAGACAAGGUCAAGAUCUGGCUCGGCGUCUGGCAGGACGGCAAUGACACGACCAACGCGCGGCAGCUCAACCAGAUGUGGGACAUCCUCGACGAGUACGGCGACAGCUACUUCAAGGGCGUCAUCGUAGCCAACGAGAUCCUCUUCCGCGAGCAAAUGACCAUCACCUCAUUGGGCACCCUCCUCGAGGAGGUGCGGCACAACCUGACGGCGCGCGGCAUGAGCCUGCCCGUCGCCACCAGCGACCUCGGCGACAAGUGGACCGAGGGGCUCGCCGGCCAGAGCGACGCCAUCAUUCCCAACAUCCACCCCUUCUUCGCCGGCACUAAGGCCUCCUGA